UACGCUGUGUUCUCGGCACAUUGUGAGGAGAACGACAUUCAGCCCAUCACUCCAGUGCCCGAGAGGGAGCUACCAGAAGGCGCUAGACCAGCUCCACUGCACCGGAAACGACCGUGGAGAAGGUUGACCACCGCCGACAGCCACCAGCCUCGGGUGCCUUCCCGCGCCAGGAAGACCAAAGGCGCGAAGCCACGACGACCAGCUCGACUGGCACCCACCAACCGUGGCGGAAUAGACGCACCAGAAACAGACGAAAUCGCCUGCGUCUGUGGGGUGAACGAGGAGAGCGACGAGGUUUUCGUGAACUGCGUCAUCUGUGGUCGUUGGAGCCACACGGCAUGCUACGGCUUGGGGGACGACGUAACCAAGUUCGUGUGCUGGGAGUGCGGUGACCAGCCAAAGAAGAAGCGCCGUCGUUAA